AUGGAAUCCCCCCCUCCCCCAGAACUCAAAAUCUCCCCGCCGCUCCUAAACUCAGCAAACCCAUGGUGCACAACCCUCACCGACCUCCUUGCCCUCCACGCCUGCCCACACACAGGCGCCCUCACAACACGAACCUCACUCCUCGCAGGCUUCGCCCACAACGACGCAACCCACCAAUACGCCUUCUUCGACCCGUCCACCACAAAACCCUCCGCAGCACCAAACUCCUCCACCCCCGAAGCCCCCCGCUCCCAACUCGGACCCGCGGACGUCGCCUCCCUAAACAACCUGGGCUACUCUCCCUUACCCCUCCAAACCUACCUAGACUUCAUCGCCCAGCUCCCAGAGACCCCCAUCAAAGGAGGCCACGGCCACGGCCACCACCGCAAACUCCUCAUCGUCUCAGUCACGGGCUCCCCCUCGGAAAUCGCAGAAUCCUACGCCCUCAUAGCCUCCUUCUCCCACACGACAACCCACCCGCUCGCAAUGGAAAUAAACCUCUCCUGCCCCAACAUCGCCACCGCCGCGCCCCCGGCCUCAGACCGCGCCCAGCUACAAGCCUACCUCGCCGCCCUCCCCCGGAACCCCGUGAUUCCCAUCGGCCUCAAGACGCCGCCGUACACCCACCUAGCGCACUACGCCGAGCUCAUCGCCGCGCUACGCGAGGACUCCACCGUCGUCACGGCCAAGGCCCUGCUCAAAGUGCCUUGCAAGAUCAGCUUCAUCACCGCCGUCAACACGCUCGGCUCGUGUCUCUUACUCGAGGGCGGCGGCGGCGGCGACCCCCGACUUCCGGGGUCUGGACUCGGGGGCAUGGCGGGGGCGCCGUUGCAUCCGCUGGCCCUGGGGAACGUCAAGACUAUUGCGGAGUUGGUCGGGCAGGAGCCAGAGUUGUUACAUAUCAAGGUCAUUGGUGUCGGUGGCGUCUCGGACGCCGAUGGGUUCAGGCGGAUGAAGAGUGUUGGUGCGUACGCUGUUGCUGUCGGGACGGCGUUGGGAAGAGAAGGGAUAGAAGUCUUUGAGAAGAUAGCUACUGGACUGCAGAAACAAUAA